AUGGCAGCGGCCUGUCACUUACUUCCGAGCCUUCUCGACGUCAUGAAACGGGUCUUUGGCACAUUCCACCUCGGAAACGCUGUCGCAGGAGAACUUGCCGGGCCCAUCUUCAUUCCCCGUGUACCGGCAACCCUUCUUCCCGAAGACGCUCUGCUGAGCUUUGAAGCUGGGGGGCCAGGGCCGUUUCUCCACGGAGUCGAGUGCCGCCGUCCAUCCGACCGAGUCAGCAGUGCAAAGGUCGAAAUCGGAGUCACGACGACUACUCCGUCCGAAGGCCUGGAAGGAGGAGGAGGAGGAGGAGGUGGUGGUGGUGGCGGUGGUGGUGGAGGCGAAGAUGUCCGAGGCAAGGAAGAGGUCGUUGAGGUUGUCGGAAGGAUGCUUGACUUGGUCGAUGGGCUCGGCGUCGAGGACGGAGCCGAGAUGGCAGUUACGGUCUCUAUAAGGUUUACCGUUGUCGUUUCUUGA